CUGUACUUCCUUUGCGCCGGACAAUGCUUGUAUCGGGGUCCUGUAAAGCGCUUGGUUCCCUAUCUGGCUUCCAUUGGAUUCCAGUGUCCUCGAUAUCACAAUCCCUCAGACUUUCUGAUGGACCUCACUUCCGUUGAAGAUGAUCAAAAUGCUGCUUCCUCGACUUUGCUGACUGCAGUAACCACUGGGAGGCUGGAGGAAGAAUUAAAGCGAAUUGAGAGUUCAGGGACUUCCUCAUUCUCUGAAUCAAUGAAUGCUGCUAUCCGAUUGGUUGAUGGAAAAGAUGGCCUUGAUGCAACUUAUGACGUUAGAGGUAAAUUAUCUGCGGCCGAUCGAAAUGGCACAUCAAUUUUCCGGAAAAUGGUGUUUGCCCCUUCUGUGAAAGUCCAAGAUCGAACAGAUGCUAAUGAAAUAGCUGUAUCCAUAUGCAAAUCGAGCUUGAAACUCGAACUUCCAAAGACACCUUAG